GACCAUACCAUAUUACUGGGUUUCACUGUUUUUUGCACAGUCACCCUCCGAGAUCUCUCCUCUAACUCUGCUGCUCCUGCCGGGCAUAUUCACUAGGUCUGGUGUUGGCCCUGCGUAUUUAAGCGCCAGUGCUGGAGGCGCUUGCCAUCUCUUUCCUAUCUCUUUGUCUCUACUACUAUCCACACCGGUGUCUCUACAAACUACCCCAACCUCGCCACAUACGAAAGCAUAUAACCGUAGACCACCACUAGCUUAUACAGAGCAAGCAGCGAGGAUAUCAUGACGGAUACCGCUGAACUAGAGGCCAAGAUUGCGGCUCUUGCAGGUCGCAUCAAUCUUCACAAACAACAGGAACAAGGUCAGCCACAGAGCCCGCCCCGGCCUGCGACCGGUAUGGACUUCGUACACCCAUCUACCUCACCGAGGGACGCGAUAUUGACCGGUGGUGAAGGGUAUGGACGAGGACGCGGACGCGGACGAGGUGGACCGAACUGGGCACCUCAGCGUGGUUCUCCGUAUGCUUAUCCCCGAGGACGAGUUGCUAAAUUUCCCUACUCCACGCAUCGGAACCGCACCCUAGUCCUGAACGGCAACCCAGCCACUCCUCCCAACGGUGGGGCACAACAGAUGGACGCAGUGGAUUCGAACACUUGGGUCGCCAAGAAUGACAGACACAUGCAGCUGAUCAACACCUCGGUGUACGACCAGAUCAGCAAGGAGCGUGCUCGGUCGAUGGCAAAUACCACAGCGUCAAAGCAGAGCGAGCAAGACGCUCGAGAAAAGGCCAGAUUGAGCAACCAUUUCGAAGGCAUCUCUCGUCGACCCUCCCACGGUGUAGCCCGAAAGCCCACCGACAUCCCCGAACUCUUGAUCGGUACUACUCGAUUCCAGGUAGCUGAUGGGGGCAGUAAACUGCUGCGGCUCUCGCGGGAUCCCACUCAACUGACUCCCAAGCGACACACUAUCGCUGGAGUCAUGUUCGUUCGAAGCAAGAACGGAAACUUGUAUCGUUCUGGCCUAGUCAAAGGGAAAAAGAGACGUGAAGUCCUAAAAGUCGAUGAGCUUUGCCCGCGUUUCACACCAACUGGAUCGUGUGCGAGAGGACCAACUUGCCGGUUCGUACAUGACAUUGAUAAGCUUGCGAUUUGCAAGGAAUUCUUGACGAAGGGCAAAUGCGCCCUGGGCGAUGGUUGCGAGCUCUCUCACACCCCUACCCCCAAUCGUGUUCCAGCAUGCCUUCACUUCGUCCGUGGCAACUGCACGAACGACAAAUGCCGCUACGCCCACGUCCGCAUCAACCCUACUGCGCCAGUUUGCCGCGCUUUUGGUCGCCUCGGAUACUGCGACAAAGGCGCCGACUGCCCCGACCGCCAUAUGUUUGAAUGCCCUGACUAUGCUAACAAGGGAAUGUGCCGGAACGCGAAAUGCCGUCUUCUCCAUGUCGAUCGCGCAAGCCAGCUUCGCAGCAAAGCAGCUGCAGCGGACAGCCUGGCGGCCUCGGAAGAUGAUGACUACCAAGACAUCUCCAGCGAUGAGGAGGUCUUUGGGGACAGCGACGACUUUGACUCUGAAGGGCUCGAUGAUGACUCCGACAUCAUUGGUCAUGGGCUUUCCCAGCAGGAGGACUACGUGCGAAUCUGAAAGUAACAGUAAGUUAGGGUAUGGUCAUAGGACUCGCUGAGUCCUGAAGCUCUAAUGAGCAUUAUGCCGGCGUUCGGAUUGUGGUAGAGCUUGCCAUCGAUACCCAUUUUAUGGCAUUGCUAGGGUUGCACCAUCCAUCAUAUCUAUAUUUGCGAUCAUUGUUUCUGCAAGAGCAUGGGAUUAUGACAGUUCGGGUUUGGGAUUCUAAAGGUUGACGACCUCUGAGGAACAUCAGAAAGAUUGUAGUACUAGAUCCAAAUAGAAAUGAAUCAUGAUGUCUGACAAG